AUGGACAGUGGCAGACAGAAGGUGUCAUUUAAGUGGUUGCAUCGUGCUUCCACCUCACCCACAAGUCCUCAGGCGAAUACUCCUGGGUCAAGUGGCUGGAAUAAGAAUGAGGACUCAAGUUAUUUGCCCCUCAAUGAAUCCCCGGGAUCUGAGGUACUUGGAGCUCUGAGCCUGGACACCCCCAAGAGAAAAGCAGAGGUGCUCGGUGAGAGUGCCCCCUCUUCAGGUAAAAUCCAUCUGAGGAAGCUCUCCAGGAAAACCUUCGAAACUUUACAGGACACACUCAUAAAGACAUCACCCAAGCAGCAGGAAUCCCCGGAGAGUUCUGAUUCAUCUCAUUCUUUCAUCUUAAAAAAGAAGGAGAGGACACCUGAGGAGGGAUCAAAGGCUAUCUGCAGGAAAGCCUUGAUAGCAGCCAUUGGCAAUGCAAGAACUGAGGUCCCCAGCCCAGUAUCUCCUGAAACUACAAUUGUGGAUAGCAGCUGCUUUUCCUGCAGAUCUGAUAGUGAGUCUGAGGAUGUUUGCUGUCUUGAAGAGGAUCUGGACACUCCCCUUCGGGUGUUUAAAGACACAGAAUCCCAGGGUUGCAGCACAUGGCCAAAAAUAGAUAGAAAGAAUUCCGUGCUUAUCGAAAAUACCUGCCAAGGAAAGCUGUUUGCACAAGAAAAUGUGCUCAAAAUUCCUGUACCAGAGCAUAUUCCAGACUCUCGUUCUUAUUUCACAACUCGCCACAAUAGCCUGGAAUAUUUGACUCCGUUAGUGGACUCCCAGGAAGUUACAACACCCUCCGUUACCCUGUCAUCUACUAAUGAAGAUACUGGGAUCUCCCUGGAAGCUACUAAGGACACUGGGACGCCUUUUUCAUCAUUGCAAAGAACAGUCGUCGUGUCAUUCAAGCAGCCCUACCCACCAAAAAGUGGCCCUUCAAAUUCAUUCAGAGCUGAGUCUCACAAUUUUCACUCAUCCUUGAAGUCAAAUUUAUUGGAUCCCUUUGCUCCGUCACUAUGCUCAAAUGAAGGAAUAUCAAGCCCGUCCUUGACCUCUGCAGCUGCCCGCAGGAAGAGUGAUGGUAGCUCUUCCAUGCGUAAUUCUUCCAAACCCUUAGCUCACAGUUUCACUUCUUCAAGAAGGUUGUCCUUGGGUGCUGAACCUUUGUGUGCCAGUUACUCACACUCAGACACUCAGGCUGGUUUCAUCGAUACACACUGCCAUCUAGACAUGCUCUAUGGGAAACUUGGCUUCAGGGGGACAUUCAAGAACUUUCGUAAACUUUACAGGAACAGCUUUAGUCCAUCGUUUCAAGGCUGUAUUGCAGACUUCUGCAACCCAGAUGUCAUGGUGAAGGAAGCCCUGUGGGAAGGUUUACUGGCUGAAGACAUGGUUUGGGGUGCAUUUGGAUGCCAUCCACAUUUUGCUAAAUUCUACUCUGGCGUUCAAGAGCAUAACAUACUAAAUGCGAUGAGACAUCCAAAAGCUGUGGCAUAUGGGGAGAUCGGGCUGGACUAUUCCUACAAAAACUCCACUGACACGUCAAUGCAAAAGAAGGUGUUUGAGCGUCAGCUGCGCUUGGCAGUGGCCAUGCAGAAGCCUCUGGUGAUCCACUGUAGGGAUGCAGAUGAUGACCUUCUACCAAUCAUGAAGAAGUGUGUUCCCAGAGAAUACAAAAUUCACAGGCACUGUUUCACAAACAGUUAUUCUGUCAUUGAGCCUUUCCUGAAAGAGUUCCCCAACUUGUAUGUGGGCUUCACAGCCCUGAUCACCUACACCAAGGCCAACGAAGCCCGAAAUGCUGUCCGCCAGAUUCCUCUUAACCGCAUUGUUCUUGAGACGGAUGCGCCAUAUUUCCUACCAAGACAGGUCGGCAGAGAUGUCAGUCGGUUUUCCCAUCCUGGAAUGGGCAUCCACACUCUGCAGGAGCUGAGCUGGUUGAAGAGCGAAGAUAUGACCACAGUCCUCAACACCAUCCGAAACAACACCACUCAGCUUUACGGCAUAUGA